UACCUUGUUUGUGAAUCGGAUUUCAGUAGGGUGUGAGAUAAUUAAGUACAGUGUAACAAUCGAAACGUAAUGAAAUUCUUUGUAUCAGGUAUUACAAUAAUUUUUUAGAAUAAUGGAUGAUGAUCUUCUUGCCGAUGAUGGACAAUUUAAGGAUGAUGGUUUGGAUGAUUUAGAUAUAGAUCAAGAAGUUGCCUUAUUGGGCUUGAGUGAUGAAGAAGCUGAAGGUGAAAGAGCUGAACAAGAAUUAGAGUACAUUGAUGAAGAUGGCAAUCCUGUAGAUAUUGGUGAAAACAAUGCAGAAUUAUAUGAAGUUGCUGAUAUUGAAGCAUCUGACAAACUAAGCAAUUUAGAAGAUGAUGAUGUUUUAGAAUUGGACUUAGAUGCUGAACUUGAUAGUUUUACUCAAGAAGAUCCAGAUCUUUUAGUUAGAGAG